GGACGGACCACCGGAAGCGACAGCAAAUUUAUUACCGCCGUCACACCGAUAAUAUUUGGCGCAUUUUUUGGGAGCCCAAACCACGGUAUUUUCAUCCAAGAUUUUGAGACUUGUCAAUUUAGAAUCAUCUUUAUGAAAUUUUAAAGGUGGAACGCUUCUGCGAACGGCAUGGAAGACGAGCCGAAAGUGCUUGAGGAAGAGCAAAGCAACUUUCCAAGCCAACAGGAGUCGAGCGAAGAAAUUUCCGAGACUGUUGUGGUGAAAAGGGCCAGAGGAAGACCCAAAGGUUCCAAAUCACCCAGCCCUGGUUCCAAGAAAACUCUGAUUAGCACACCUGACGUAAACCUGAUGGAGCUCGUUUCGGGCAUUUCCAACAGCAGCCCAACUCUAGGCUUUGAGAACGAAGAUUAUACGCCCAAGAAGAGGGGGCGGCCAAAGGGCACCGGCACCAAGCGCGUGUCUGACAAUGGUACCGACAAGCCCAAAAGUGGGCGAGGGCGCCCCAAAGGAUCCGGCACCAAGCGCAAGGCAGAAAACGUCACGAGCGAAGACGAGAGCGAGGGCUCCUUUGUGAAGGCGCCGCGCAUUGAUGGCGAUAACUCUCCCAAUGGUAUCGCCGUCCCGCGCGGCAGAGGAAGACCGAGGAAGAGCAGCGCCGAGCGGCGCCCGCCGCCCUCUGCCGACGGCUCCAGGAGAGGCCGGGGCCGACCCAAAGGUUCCAUCAACAAGAAGCCGUCCGUGUCGUUGGCGAUCUUCCAAGCGAGCCGCCCGCGCAGAAAGCCGGUCGCGCCUUCACGGUUGGUCAUACGCCUCCCCGGGAAACGCAGCAAGCGGGGAAGACCUAGGAAGGUACCUCAAGGUAGGGGCCGGCCCAGGAAGUACCCUCUUCCGGAGGACUCCCCCAAAAAAACCUGGAAGCGCGUGGGGAGGCCUCGAAAAAAUCCUGUCACGGGGGAAGCCCUCGUCCGUCGGGGAAGAGGCCGCCCGCGCAAGUCGGACGUUGUCAAACGUCCUUACGACGGACCCCCGCGUAAAAGAGGCCGCCCCAGGAAGUACCCCUCCGGCACCCGGAAAGAUACGACCAAGCCCAAAGUGUGGAAGCCCCUCGGGAGGCCCAGGAAGUAUCCUCUAGUGGAACCCCCCGAGGGAGCACCCCCGCCGCCUCGUCGCACGCCCGGUCGGCCACGCAAGUCCCAGUCCAAGCGAGGCGCCCACCUACGCAACCCCGGCUCGUCGCCAUCGCCGGGACGCCCCAAGGUGACGCUGAACCCGGACGGCACGCCACGGAAAAGGGGUCGCCCCAAGAGCAUAGUCCGCAGCGAAGCUCAGCCGGACGACGCCCCCUACAACCAUUCCGACGCCGAUGCCACCACCCCGUUGGAGGAACGUGAGGACGGGGUGGAGGAGCAAGCCGACGACGCCCCCGUCUAUCAGAGGGAUGAGGAUGGCGACAUGGAACAAGAGGCCAUGGUCCAGGAGUGACAUCAAGUAUGCUAGCGGGCGCUUAAUGAACAAUCUAUCAUGGUCUUACUCUUGUAGGCAACAUUGUCGUCCGGUAAGUUAGAUGAGCUGCAACUGACUAACGGUCUUUUUCAUCACGUCUUACUAGAAACAUCUACUUUUUCCUUUUUUUUUUUUUUUUUUUUAAUGACUUAUUGGUCCGUUUUAGAUUUUGCUGGAAGAGUCUAGUUUUUAGCGUGACACCGCUUGAUUCAGGUGCUUCGCCUUCCUGGUAAUCAGGAAGAAUUAGAAUAGUGACAAAAAAAAUCACGUGUAGAAGUCUUUGUGAUCUUGGACUUUUUUAUUCCCCAGACGCCCACAACAAGUUGAUGCUACCAUACCGGUUAGCAUUGAUUUUAAGUAAACUGGGGGAAAUUACUAAAAAAUGCCCCCCACCCCAGCACACGUCUUGCUUUUAGCCCUUUGAUGACUGUAAAAGGUUGGUUGGUGUCGACACUUGGGGAAAAACAUUUAAAUGAUUUUUGUGAUUUUCAACUCUGUGUGCACACGAUCGCGAUAUAACACUUCGUAUUUUGUUGAAUUUAAAAACAACCAGCGCGUGUGCGCUAUUACUGGCUGAAGGCUGCCCUCUGCUGGCUAGCUUCUAUCUAUACUUGUGAAACUCAUCAGUCAACACUGAUAUAAAAAUACUGGCCUACGCAACUUUACAUAACUACCAACUUAGAAGACAAUUUCAAUAAUGACAGAAGUAGGACCACAAGAACAACAGCUUCAUGAGCGACUUGACAUGCCUUCAGCUGGUAAUGAUAAAAAAAAGAAAAGUAAAAAACCCCAUACUGUGUUAAAUGUUUAUGUGCUUUAUAUUUCUCCAUAGUUUUUUAGUCUGGUGGAUAACAUGAAAUGUAAUGCUUGAUAGUCAUGUUAUUGCCGUCUUCUUCAAUUUGGUUCUUUUGUUUUAAUCAAUAGCCAAAGCUUUGAAUGUACCUUUUUUUUUCUUUCUUUCUUUCUUUCUUUCUUUCUUUCUUUCUUUCUUUCUUUUUCUUUUUUCUUUUUUUUUUUUUUUUUUUUUUAAACCUAUGGGUUUUAGCCUCAUGUAUUGUUUAAAAAAAAUAGAGCUCUGUCUCAAAUGCCUUCCUGCCAUGAAGAUUUCCCUCUCUAUUUGGACUUGGCCCUCCUGAGCCUUUUGUUUGUUUUAUAGCCACAUUAGUGCUCUCUCUCACCUUCCUCAAUCCUUGACAUGUAGCCGUUAAAUAUUUUCAUGCUGUCUUGUUUUUAUUUGAAUUGUUUAUUGUUGGGUCACUUUUUUAAAAAACAUGAUAAAAAUGGCCAAUUGUUUCCCUAAACUCAUCUGUGUAAACAUUUUAAUGAGGAAAAAAAAAGGAAAAUGCAAUUGUAACCAUUGAAUAAAGUUAUUUGGAUUCUUUUGUUUUUGACAAGAAGCCAAUUUGUAAGAUAUGCUCUUGAAAUAAAAUGUUGAC